AUGAUCAAUACGGCCUCGUGGCUGCCAGGCCGUCUAGCCACGCUUGAUUUGUUCCGAUUUACAAACUCGGCUUCCGCAACCAACUCUGGCUGUUUUGGUCUCACUGAUACUUCCAAGCUAUUUGGACAACAUCCCUUGGCGUACACUUACGAUGGGACAGCUCAGUACGAUCCCAGGUCAUGUGUCUGCGGCAAUGAUCCUCAGCAUUAUCCAAAUAUCAUUGCCGACGCAGUUUUACCUGCCCAUCCAGGAACUAUUUUCAACCUGAUGUACUCCUAUCAUGACGAGAUAAAAGACUUUUGGGCGCGGCAGGGAAUGCAUGACCUUCGCACAAUUGGCUGGGUCCCUCAGGAUCCAAGUUAUUCCAACUCUCGCCUCCGAACGCGAACGAUGCUAUUCUCCGUAGAUAUCCCCGAAGGGUUACAACUGAAUCACAAUGUCACACGAAUCCAAGUUACCGACACAAUUACCCAUUUAAGGGAUUGUCCCUUCAGUUCAUCCGUUUUGUCCACUAUUUACGCACCCGAUGUUGCUAGUGGGCAUGCGUUUGCGGUCAAGACGCGUACAUGCAUUAUUCCGCAUGCAAAGUCGGAAGCGAGGUUAUUCGUGACGGCAGUCUUAGUGUGGGGUGACGGGAGCGAUUUUCAGCGUCCAAUAGGACAGGCCGCACUGGUCGGGUUGAGACAAUACCAUGACAAUAUUUUGUCUGUCAUGCGCGAGGAGAUUUCUACAAACAAAGAGGUCUAUGCUUCACUAGACGAGGCUGCGAUUAUUGAGUAUACCGUCCUACCAACUAAUCCAGAUGGGGUCCUUGAUGCAAUGUAUACCGAUCGCGAGCCAGUAAUGAACUUUUGGCAGCGAGACCAAGGCUUCACUGACCUCCAUUCAACCGGAUGGUUUCCACAGGACCCUGCCUAUCCCAACUCGCGCCUCCGAACCCGGUCAACGUCCUUUACCAAAGAUAUCCCUGAAGGUCUACCGCUGAGCCACGGUGUGGUUGGGAAGCGGACGCGGAUCGAGGUUAUAGAUACCAUCACGCACUCGGAAGAUGGCCCCACUGGAACUGCGAUUCUGUCUACGUUGCGCGCUCCAAACUUGAUGAACGGGCACGCGUUUGCUGUCAGGACCCGUACUUGCCUCGUGCCAGAGGGAGCAUCGGGGACGAGACUGUUGGUCACUGCAAUGGUCAGGUGGAACCAAAGAGUUAACUAUGGUGAAACGAUUGAAGACUUUGCAUUCGAUGCUCUGAAGAAAUACUACCAAGACCUCACGAACUUUACUCGACGAGAAAUGAUCUCAUACAAGGGAGGUUACGAAAGUUUUAGAGAGGAGCCCUGCUGCAAUUUUGGUCGCUCAGAUCGGGAUGCAAGUGCAAAAUAUGCUACCUAUCGCGAACAACUUCCGAGUGAGCGGGAGCAAGAGUCCUCCUAUGGAUCCUAUAAACCUCGGAUAGCCGUCCCAAUCCAGGGCGCCGAACCCUCAACUGGAUGUGAAGAUCUGCAAGGUCAAAUUCACCAACUCUCCCAGAGUUUGCGUCGAGUUGAAAUGCGUGUGAUCGAUAAUGAAAAUCGGAUUGCAGAUCUCGAGGCGCAAUUGAGGGAGGCAAGGCGUGUUCUCAAAGUUAUUUAG